AUGGGGAUUGGUGUAGUGAUGAGAGAUGAGCAUGGAGAGCUGUUGGUCUCACUGUGUGCUCAGAAGAGGAUAGUAACCUCCCCUCUAGUAGCUGAGUUUCAGGCUCUUUGGUGUGCUAUGCAAUUGUGUGCAGAUUUGAACCUAUCGAAAGUGGUCUUUGAAGGGGAUGCUCUGAGUGUGAUUAAAGCAGUGAAUGAUACUGAAGCUAGCUGGGAAUGGCAUGGUCAAUUGGUUGAAAACAUUAAAGGGAUUUUGAAGAAUAGAUCUAACUGGACAGUUACACAUACUUAUAGGGAAUGUAAUAGUGUAGCUCACUUUCUAGCUAAAUCUUCUUUACUUGUAAAUGAGGAAACAAUUUGGAUAGAAGAAGACCCUAUAGGCAUACAGUAUUAUGUUCAAAAGGAUAAAGAUGUAACAGUUGAAGAAGAAUGA